AUGAUGGCGUCUGAAGAGGGUGUUAUGGUGCGACGAUCUCGGAAUCGCGCAGUUGCCUCUGUGACGGCGAUUGAUGCACCUCUUUUCGAUUCGGCGUUGAUUACACGCGGUUUGGCUAAACGUUGCUUGCCUUCGUGUUGUGCUGCGCCAGUGGUACGUCAUGCGGAUUUUUGUUCAUUAGUAGUGGAGCACUUAAAGCCUGAUCCACACCGUGCGGCACGUGAGAAGUUGUUUGCGCUUCAGACGGUGCCUGUGCUUCGUGAUGAAUUUUGUCACAUGGAUGACGCAACUCUGCGCCGCGUCUUUGCAUUUCUUGGGGAACGAUCGAGGGAGUUGUUGCACAUGGCCUCUGUGUGUCGGCGGCUGCGCAAUCUUGUCAUUGCAUCGACCCCGUCGAAUGCCACUUUAGUGCCUUUUAUGAUUCCGUUAGGUUGUCUUUCGAGCCACACCGUUGUUGACUCGCUGUGCGCCUUCUUUGCUCCGCACAAGCGGGGACAGUUCGUGCAGGAGUUGCGGCUUGUGGACACAAAGUACGCCGCCACGCUGCCUGUUAGUACGGCACUGCCGCUGUGCUCCCACCAUGUGUAUCCCGCGCUGGUGAAGUCACUGCCGUCACUGACGUCUCUGGAUCUUCGCGGCGUCGUGUGGGAUUGUCACGCCCACCCGCACCUGCCGCAGUACUUCUUCAGUGACCUGCAUCUUGUCGCACCGAAGCUGCGGGCGCUUAAAGUUGGUGUGGACCUUUUCUCGCAGUGGUCCCCCGGGUGGUGGCAGCGCCUCACGGCGUUGGAGAGAAUCGUGGUGGGCUCCCGGCGCGACCAGGCGGUGGUUCCCGGCGGCGCGCAGCUGCCUCCACUAGUGCUGCACGACGAGUUCUUCGACAUGCUGCGUGCCCCACGCCGACCGUGGCGGGUGAAGCUGUGGUGUCCGCUGGAGCGGAGCAUGCUUCCCAGGCUGCUUCUUCCCACGCAGGCGUUCCCCGAGCUGCAGGAGCUGACGGUGAACCUCUCCAACACCGACAUCCUCGAGGAGCUUAAGCGGGCCGCGGUGCGGUCGCCGCGGGAGGGCAAGUCACGCAGAAGCAUGAAGGGCGUCAUGGCGCACGCAUCGGAUGAGGCAGACGCGCGGACAAUGUUUGUCUCCUUGCAGUCGUUGACCCUCGUGAACGUGGAGCAGUGUCCGACGCUGCCGGCGGAGCUCAUGGAGCGUUUUUUUUCUCGCGCACCGCGUCUCAAGUACUUUACGGUGGUGAACACCGCGAGAGUGCCGCCGCCGCCGCCCCCGUCAAAGCUGCGGCGGCGGGCGUAG